AUGGCUAAAUUAGCAAAACCGGAAAAAUGGGGUUAUGUUAUGGCACGUAGAACCAGUGAGGACGGGUCAUCCAAGUAUCCAAGUAAGAAAAUGCCACGUCCAGGAGGAAGUGACGGCGUGAAGGAUAAGGGUAAAGACAAGGAAAGUACAAAGAAAUCACAUGAAAAAGAAAAGCCUAUGGAGAAAAACGAACCGAAAUCACAAACAGAGUUUGUUGAUUCAACCAGUAAGAAAUUCAUUAAAGGUUACGUUCUCCAUGUCACACUUUCAUGCACUAUGUUUAGGAAACAUUCUGUGCGCCCUACUGACGAAUUGAAGUUACUGCAGGACAGUCUUACUCACUUUUUCACUCCAUCAGCUGGACGUCGAUGUCGACAACCACCGCGUAAGUUCGAUGAAUCGGGUGUGAACAGUGAUGACAGUGUUCAACCAAGUACGUUCUGGGUUCUUCCAUUCUUCUUCCUUUUUGUGAAGAAAUGA